AUGGUCCUCGGGACGCGGAAACGGCGCCGCAGCAACGAUGGGAUCACAGGCGCAGCCAAGAAGGCCGUCAAGCAGCGCCGCGUCCGGAAAUCCGGGGGGAGAUAUUGCGCGCACAAGGACUGCCCGAAGCGUCCCAGCUACGGCACGGUCGGCGGGCGGGCGGAGUUCUGCAAGAAGCACGCCAAGACUGGGAUGGAGGACGUGAGGCACCGCAAGUGCGCGCACAAGGACUGCAGGAAGCGUCCCAGCUACGGCACGGUCGGCGGGCGGGCGGAGUUCUGCAAGAAGCACGCCAAGACUGGGAUGGAGGACGUGGCGAACCGCAAGUGCGCGCACAAGCACUGCAGGAAGCAGCCCACCUACGGCACGGUCGGCGGGCGGGCGGAGUUCUGCAAGAAGCACGCCAAGACUGGGAUGGAGGACGUGGUGAACCGCAAGUGCGCGCACAAGCACUGCACGAAGCAGCCCACCUACGGCACGGUCGGCGGGCGGGCGGAGUUCUGCCAGGAGCACGCCGACACUGGGAUGGUCGACGUGGUGAGCCGCAAGUGCGCGCACAAGGACUGCACGAAGCAUCCCACCUACGGCACGGUCGGCGGGCGGGCGGAGUUCUGCAAGGAGCACGCCAAGACUGGGAUGGAGGACGUGGUGCACCGCAUGUGCGCGCACAAGGACUGCACGACGCGUCCCAGCUACGGCACGGUCGGCGGGCGGGCGGAGUUCUGCGAGGAGCACGCCGAGACUGGGAUGGUGGACGUGGUGCACCCCAUGUGCGCGCACAAGGACUGCACGACGCGUCCCAGCUACGGCACGGUCGGCGGGCGGGCGGAGUUCUGCGAGGAGCACGCCGAGACUGGGAUGGUGGACGUGGCGAACCCCAUGUGCCAGCACGCGGGCUGCGACCUCCAUGCGCAUAACGGGGUGCCGGGGAUCCCGCCGACGUGCUGCGCGCUUCACCGGAGCAAGGGCAUGAUCCGGUCCCCCACGCAGAGGUGCUCGGAUCCCAAGUGCCAGGAGAUCGGGACGCACGUGUUCUGUCGCAAACGGUACUGCGAGGACCACCAGCCGGAGGGCGCUUUCAACCUGGUGCUCCGCCCGUGCGUGAGCUGCGGUCUGGACUGGAUGCUCAACAAGGAGGGGUACUGCCCCUAUUGCGACCCGGCGACCGCCGCGCGCAUGAUGAUGUCGCAGGAGGAACAGGUCGUGAACUUCCUGUUGCGGGACCCCGGGCUCGCCGCGAAGGUGGUGAGCACGGACUUGAUGAUCGACGGAGGGAAGUGCGGCAAGGAACGCCCCGACCUGCUGCUGGACGCCGACACGCACAUGGUCGUGGGCGAGUGCGACGAGCACCAGCACCGCAGCUACCCGUGCGAAUGCGAGCAGAUUCGCAUGGUGAACAUCACGACCUCCCUGGGAGUGCGGACGAUAUUCGUGCGCUUCAACCCCGACAAGUACGUCCCCCUCGCCGGGCAGCAGGAGGUCGAACUGGCGGAGCGCCUGGAGAAGCUGCGCGAGUGGAUGGUCUACCUGGCCAAGGAGGACACGGGGUCGAACCACGGGAUGUGCCGCGUCCUCUACCUAUUCUUUGACGGCUACGACCCCCAGAACCCCGACUGGCAGACGAUUCCCAUCCUCUGA